CUCAACAACGGCCCACGCUCUCCCGUCAUAUUGCCUCGGAUCCGCGCCUUUUUCAUCCGACGCUUCUCCGAGCUCGCCGCCACCAGCCCUCAAACAUCCAACGCCUCUCGUCAACUCAACCUCACAUCGCGAGAGAAAUCUACAGUACACCGGAUUGAAACAGGUCGUCUCCUCUCCGACUGAGAAGCAAAGAAGCAACAAUGUCUCGCCUCGUCCGGCCGAUCUCGCGACUUCCCAUCUUCUCCCAAACCGUCGCCUCAACAACGACAACGACGACGACGACGACGACGACAAUAACAACAACAACAACAGCAGCAGCAGCAGCAGCAGCAGCAGCAGUAACGGCAAGACUCGUCGUCGCCUCAACCCGCCCCUACUCGUCCUCCUCCUUCCUCCAACCGGGCCCCUCCCCGCCCCGCCUCCCGCCGGAGCAGCAAGCCGAGUUCGAGCGGCUGCAGCGCGCCGCCGAGGCCGCCCUCUCCUCGCACACGAGCAUCCCCGCGACCUCGACGACAACAGAGGAACAACAACAACAGCAGCCGCUAACCACCUCGCGGCACGUCACCACCCCCUCCGCCUCCUCCUCCUCCGCCGCCGCCUCCUCGUCGCUGUCGUCGUCGUCGUCGUCGUUUCAGCCCCCCUCCCCCGCGGAUACGGUCGUGGGCGUGGGCGUGGACGCGGGCGGGACGUUCAGCGGCGGGAUGCGCAAGGGGGCGCCGCCCGAGUUCGAGGGCGACCGGAACCCUGUCACGGGCGAGAUCGGCGGGCCCAAGAACGAGCCGCUGCGGUGGGGCAGCAACGGCGACUGGAGCUUCAACGGGAGGGUGACGGAUUUUUGAAACGAGUCCCGUGUUUUAGGGAGGGUUCUGUGAUCGAUGGUCGGUAGGGGGAGGGGAGUAUAUUAUAC